AUGUCCGAGGGCUUUGUCGAGUACUACGAGACGUUCAAGGACGCGCGGGCCGACGUCGUGGGCCUCCUCAAGCGCAUCGCCGUCGCCAACGGCGACAAGAAGGCCGAGCUCCUCCGCGAGGCCAACGCCAAGCUCCAGGAGCUCGAGCGCUACUGCCGCAUCCUCGAGCAGGAGGCCAAGGGCGGCGAUGCGCAGGAGAAGCGCAAGAUGCAGGCGCAGCUGCGCGUGUGCCAUGGAGACAUUGACAAGCUCAAGAGCAGCCUCGAGAAGGAGGCGCUCUUAGGCCGGCCGGCGGCACCGGCGCCACGCACCGCGCAGGAGCAAGCGGCGGCAUACCAAGCGGGCAUGGACCGCACGACCAACCAUCUGCAAGACGCGAAGCGCACGGUCGCCGAGAUCGACGAGGUCGCGGUCAGCGUCGACGCCAAUUUGGCGAUUCAGCGCGAGCAUCUGGAGCGGGCGCAGGGCAAUGUGGACGAGACGCGUGCGGACGUGCAGGACGCCAAGAGCCAUCUGCGAAGCCUGGCGCGGAAAGCAUUUUCGAAUUUGAUCCUGCUCUCGAUCAUCAUCCUCGGUCUGGUCGCGGGCAUCGUGUACGCUCUUGUCUACAAGUUUUAUUUGCGCUACCGAAACUAAGAAAACAGAAUCAAGGCGCGGCCGAUCGAUGAUCUCGUCAGCUUUUGAGCU